CAACUCCACAUUUGUUUACCGCGAAUUCAAAAGUUGAUAAAACCGUCCGAUCUUCUUCUUCUUCUCCGUGAUCGAAGCUUAGGGUUAAUGAUGUUGCCCUAAUUCUCCAUUUCUGUACUCAUCGGAAGCUCGAGGCUCGUAUUCUCCACUCAUUCCGCUAGAUUCUCACAAUCCAGAAGCUCAUACGAAUCCGGAGUCGUGAUUACAGUCCAAUUAAAUAAACAAACUCCAUACGAAUUUUAAUUUUCUCAAUGAUUCCGGCACAGAACGACUAUUCUGUACGUACUUCAGGUGUUGGCGGGGUUUGCAUGAUGAGCACCAAAUGGAGAGACGAACAACAUCCAUCCUUCGUAAACUUUAUUUCCUCCUUCCUGAGCGCAAAUUCCUUUCGGUUAAACAUUGUGCCAAUUGCACCAGAUUUUAUUUUUAACUGUGGGGGUGUAUCAGUAGCUUUCAUUUUCAUGAUAAAUUACGACUGCAACAAUCCGGGGCCCAUUUUCAGCAGAGCUGAAAAAUUGAAGAGUCAGUUUGGACAUUUGUAUGUGGUGGUCAUCCUUCCAACAAAGGAGCAGAAUGACUCUUUUGUACACUCGUAUUUUAGAUAUGGUAUGGAUAUCGGUAGGCCAACUUUUGUUCCAGUACUGGAUCUGGAAAUGGGCUUUGAGAAGAUUGUAAGAAUAGCACAUGCACGUGGUGUUUGCAAGAGGCAGGAUGUGGUAUCCAAAUUGAAAGCUGAGAGGGAGAGGUCAGUUCAAGGCAUGGAUGUGUUUCUCAGAGUAGUCUCUUCUAUCCCCCAUGUUGAAACUCAUGAUGCCAAUGCGCUAAUUCAAACCGUAGGAUCAAUCGAAGCAAUAGCUAAAGCAUCAAAAGAGAACAUUCUGGAACACACCGACAUUUCCUCAGAAAAAGCCGACAUGAUUUCAAGAUUCUUCAGAGAUCCCAAAUUCUACCUUGGCCCCAAAAUUAGUUGACGGAUAUACACGCACGCAUACUGAUACUACGGUAGAUAUGCAACUUAGAUACACUAUACACAAGAAAGACAUUGCUUAUACAGUCUUGUCAUAAAAAGUUGAUGCAACUUUUAUGCUAUUUGUAGAUAUUUAGAGUUUGAUAUCUGAGUCUAUUGUAAGUUUGUAAAAACCAUUUUCUGUCAUUGUCUGGUUGACCUUUCUGUUUUGGAUUUGUGUAAUCAUGUUGGUGGAUAGUGAGUGUUAAAUGUUGAUCAUGCUA